AUAGAACGGCAGUAUAACACCGGAACAAGUCUAUAUAUAAAGAGCUUUGAUGAUGGCUACUUACCUGGGCUUCUAUGACGUGCCGGAGGGGGUGGACGUCGGGGGGAGGUACGACGAGGAGUUCGCGGGGAUCCUCACCAGGGAUGCCUUGCAGUUCGUCGCGGCGUUGCAGCGGGAGUUCCGCGACCACAUUCGGUACGCGAUGGAGUGCCGCCGCGAGGUGCAGAGGAGGUACAACUCCGGCGAGCUGCUGGGGUUCGACCCGGCGACGAGGCUUAUCAGGGAAGGCGACUGGACGUGCGCGCUGGUGCCCCCGGCCGUCGCCAACCGGACCGUCGAGAUCACUGGACCGGUAGAGCGGAAGAUGAUCAUCAACGCACUCAACUCCGGAGCCAAAGUCUUCAUGGCUGACUUCGAGGAUGCCCUGUCGCCGAGCUGGGAGAACCUGAUGAGAGGCCAAGUCAACCUGCGAGACGCCGUAAACGGGACGAUAAGUUUCAAUGACCAGGCACGGAACAGGGUGUACAAGCUUAACGACGAGACUGCGAAGCUCUUCGUCCGGCCCCGGGGUUGGCACCUGCCGGAGGACCAUAUCCUCGUAGACGGCGCGCCUGUGAUUGGCUGCCUUGUGGACUUCGGUCUUUACUUCUUCCACAACCAUGCCAAGUUCCGGGCCACUCAAGGCGACGGUUACGGGCCUUUCUUCUAUCUCCCCAAGAUAGAGCACUCGAGGGAGGCGAAGAUAUGGAACCGUGUGUUCGAGAGGGCCGAGAAGUUCGCGGGAACAGAGAAGGGGAGCAUCAGGGCGACGGUCCUGAUUGAGACGCUUCCCGCCGUGUUUCAGAUGGACGAGAUCCUUUACGAGCUGAGGGAUCACUCCAUCGGGCUCAACUGUGGGAGAUGGGACUACAUCUUCAGCUACGUCAAGACCUUCCAAGGCCAUCCGGACCGCCUCCUCCCCGACCGCGUCCAAGUCGGGAUGACCCAACACUUCAUGCGGAGCUACUCCGACCUCCUCAUCCGCACCUGCCACCGUCGCGGCGUCCACGCCAUGGGCGGCAUGGCUGCCCAAAUCCCAAUCAAGGAUAACCCGGCGGCGAACGAAGCCGCCCUCGAGUUGGUGCGGAAGGACAAGCUGCGAGAGGUCCGCGCCGGCCACGACGGGACCUGGGCGGCUCACCCCGGCCUGAUCCCGCCUAUCAUGGAAGUCUUCAUCAGCAACAUGGGCGGCAAACCCAACCAGAUUCAGAUGGCGAGGAGAGAAGAUGCCGGAAACAUCACCGAGGAGGACCUCCUGCAGAGGCCCCGGGGCGUGAGGACGAUGGAAGGCCUCCGGCUGAACACUCGCGUCGGCAUCCAGUACCUAGCGGCCUGGCUCACCGGCACGGGGUCGGUGCCCCUCUACAACCUCAUGGAGGACGCAGCCACCGCGGAGAUCAGCAGGGUCCAGAACUGGCAGUGGUUGAAGUACGGCGCGGUGCUGGACGGCGAAGAGGUGAGGGUGAGGGUGACGCCGGAGCUGUUCGGAAGGGUGGUGGAAGAAGAGAUGGCGAGGAUCCAGAUGGAGGUGGGGUUAGAGAAAUUUAAGCGUGGGAAGUUUGAAGAGGCCUGCAGGAUCUUCACCAAGCAGUGCACGUCACCGGAGCUGGACGACUUCCUCACACUGAAUGCUUAUAACCAGAUAGUUGCUCGUCACCCCAAUGCACCAUCUAAAAUCUGAGCAGAGGAUGAGUUCAGUGAAUCCUUGUGUCUUCUGCUAUCAGAUCAGUUGUUCAUCCUUCUUGUUGUUCUGUGUUGUGUUCUAUGGAAUAACUUCUCUUACAUAA